UUUGUUACACAGUCGGGUUUGAAACCCGGGUUAAUUUUUUGACUUUUACAAAUUAGGGCCUGGAUGAACAAAGCAAUUCCAUGAUUGUUGGCUCUCUAAACUGAAAUAAAUCUACAGAUCAUUCUUCAAAAAGAAAAAUAUAUAUAUACAUAACAAUAAUGCAGACAGUUGGUGAACAAAAGUUUCCCCAAUUCUAUCAUUACCCACCUUACUUCACGCUGCAGCCUGUGAGGGAAACUAGAGAGAAACAAAUACAGCUAUGGAAGGAACUUAUUCUCGAUUAUUGUCGUUCCCACAAGAUAUUCGUUAUCGGGUUGGAACAGGACUUUCCUUUAUUCACCAACCCUGCAAUUCAAAGAUCUCUGAAUUAUGAAGCAAGAGAAGCAUUUCUGUCUGCUAUCGUCUUGGAUGGACGUGCAGAAUGGAUGGACAAGAAUCAUAGGCAAUGUCUCAUCCUCUGGCAUAGGAUAAAAGACUGGGCGGACAUUAUAUUAAACUUUGUCAAGGAGAAUGGCUUAGAGGACAGUGUAAUGACAGUGGAGGAAAUACGUACAGGGAUUGAAUCACGGGGAACAGAUAUACAUGGAAUGGACCGUACUGUUCUAAUGAGAGCACUUAAACUCUUGGAGAAUAAGGGAAAGCUUGCAAUCUUCAAGGGGACUUCCGCAGACGAUGAAGGUGUAAAGUUUUCUGUUUAACAUGAUCUGCAAAGACAACUUUUCGGUAAAGAUGUUGAUAUGUUGUGUACUUGAUGCAUUACAUUUUUUUAUAUCAUGAUGUGUUGAAAGCUUCAAUUUUAGCAA